AUGGCUACCCCCAGUGUUCUUUCCUUUGACACUGAGGGCCGUGCUGUUGACUUUGAGGUCUGGGUCGAUGACCUCCAGCUGUUCCUCCAGUGCGAUAGGGCAGACGGCCUCUCUGUGUUCGACCUCACCUCUGGUGCCUCCCCUGCCCGUCUGCUACUGCUGACAGCACUGUUCGCUCACAUUGCACGCUACUCUUCCCCUGCCACUGCUGCACUGAGCCGCCUCAUGCUACCGUACCUCUUCCCUGACCUUGCUGCCUUUCCCACAGUCGCUGACCUCAUUACGCACCUCCGCACUAGUGACACUCGCUACCGCGGUGCGCUUCCUGCUGAGUUCUGCGCCAAGAACCCCCCCCCCAUGUACAUCACCCUAUACAACAUAGUCACCCGGCUCCCUGACUCUCUUCGCUUAGUCAGGGACCACUUCCUCUCAGUUUGCCCCACCACUCUCACCGUUGACCUCCUCGAGGAGCGCCUCCUAGCAGCAGAGAAGAGCAUAAUUGCAGUAGGAGCCUCUCGUGGUGACCCUCGCACCCCCGUCUUUGAGGGGUGUUCCCCCUCCCCCCUCUUGCCCUCUGUUGCUUCUGCUGCUGCUGCCGACCUCGUUGGUUUCUACGGGGUCGGUGCUGCGUCUGCCCUUGGCGGGAGACGCCGCACCGGCAAGGGCAAGGGGGGCGAGGAGCUGGAGGGGCUAGCGGGGGCAGUGGAGGUGGUGGUGGAGGCAGUGAAGGGGGUGGGGGUGGUAGUGGGAGUGGUGGCGGGGGUGGCGGCGGCGAUGGCAGCAGUGGAGGCGGCGGAGGCGGCGGUGGUGGCGGAGGGAGCGGAGGCGGCGGAGGUGGCGGAGGCGGCGGAGGUGGCGGAGGCGGCGGAGGCGGUGGCGGCGGCGGCGGUGGAGCUGGUCGCGACUCUGCGCAGAGGAGUGGGUCCGGUGCGCGGUGGGGGUACUGGUCCCUGUACCUACGUCCUCCGUACCGGCGACCGUGCUGGUGAGCAGUGCGGGGGGCCGCACUCCACCCAGCAAUGCUUUGGCCGCCUGACGGACGCGUGGCGUCACCAGUUCCCUGAGGCGUCAAAGAUCCCUCGCUGGGGAGAUCUGUCUAGGGCGGGGGUUGCCAUCUUUGAUCUUGACUAUGAUGCUAUCCUUGCUACCAUGUAUGCUGUGACUACUAGUGUUGAGGGUGAUUGUUACCUGUGUGUACCGCCUGACCCGGGCAUUGAGGCUACUGCUCUAGGUGCUGGUGAGGCUGCUGCUCUAGGUGCUAGUGCGUCUGGUGCCCCAGGUUCUAGUGCGUCUGCUGCCCCAGGUGCUGGUGAGUCUGCUCUCUUAGGUACUACGUCGGCUCAGGCCUUACACACCUUCACCCUUGACUCGGGUGCGUCCCGCUCUUUCUUUCGAGACCGCACCACGCUUACGCCGCUCAGGCGGCCGAUUGCAGUCUCCCUGGCGGACCCCUCUGGGGGUCUUGUCCUUGCUAGCUUCUCCAUUGUCUUACCGCGCCCGGCAGCCCCCUCUGGCACCCUGUCAGGUCUCUACCUCCCCUCGUUCUCUACGAACUUGGUGAGUGGAGCGGACCUACAGGAUAGGGGGGUUGACCAGUUCACUCCUGCGAGUCAGCGGGUGACCCACUACACGUGUGCUCGGACAGACCGACACUUGGCCACGUUCACCCGUCGGCCAGGGUCGAGCCUGUACACCCUUACUACUGAGUCUCCUCCGGCUGCUGAGUCUCGCCAGGUAGCUGCGUCGAGUCAGGUGUUUGCUGCAGCGUCCAGGUAG